AUGGACUUGUCUCAGUGUUUGAACAUUGGUAUUGUUUUAAAGAAGCUGUUUGAUGAUGGCGUAGUGAAGCGUGAGGAUUUGUGGGUUACCUCCAAGCUCUGGUGUGCUGAUCGUGCACCAGAAUAAGAUGUGCCAGAGGCACUAAACAGAACUUUGCAAGACUUGCAGCUCGACUUCAUUGAUUUGUAUCUUAUCCAUUGGCCGGUCCGUAUGAAAAAGAGUUCUGUUGUCACCAAACCUGAAAACCUCAUCCAACCAGAUAUACCAAGCACAUGGAGAGCAAUGGAAGCACUCUAUGAUUCUGGCAAGGUUCGGGCUAUUGGUGUAAGCAACUUAUCCACAAAGAAACUGGGGGACCUGUUGGAGAUUGCACGUGUUCCUCCUCCUGUCGACCAAGUGGAGUGUCCUCCUUCAUGGGACCAGAGAAAACUGCGUGCUUUCUGUAAAUCCAGGGGGUUCACCUAA